AAAUAAUAACAUACGGGCCCGUGUAAAAGUUGGAUUAUAUGCAAAAUAAAUAAAUAAAUAAAACAUGGCACACGAUCGAGAAGUGCUACGUAUGAUAUGGGAGGGUCAAAUUGGCAUAUGCUUCCAGGCAGACAGCGAAGAGAUUGUCGGCCUCAGGCCAGAACCCUUCUACUUAAUGGUCUCACGCCUCAGCUACUUGCCCCUGGUCACAGACAAGGUGCGAAAGUAUUUUACCCGCUAUAUUGCUGCCGAGCAUCAGGAAGGCGCUGUUUGGUUCGAUUUCAAUGGAACGCCGCUCCGUCUGCAUUAUCCAAUAGGUGUGCUGUACGACUUGCUGCAUCCAAAUGAGGAUGGAACACCCUGGUGCAUCACCAUACACUUUUCCAAAUUUCCUGAAGAGACUCUUGUCAAAUUAAACACAAAAGAGCUGCUGGAAUCACAUUACCUGGCCUGCCUAAAGGAGGCCGACGUGCUGAAGCAUAGGGGCCUUGUCAUCUCAGCCAUGCAGAAGAAGGAUCACAAUCAACUCUGGCUGGGCCUGAUCAAUGAUAAAUUCGAUCAGUUCUGGGCGAUCAAUAGACGCCUAAUGGAGCCGUACAACGACCAGGAGUCAUUUAAGAACAUUCCAGUGCGUUUCUACUACGAUGAUGAUUUUACGUACAUGCAGAAAUUAAUAUCGCCGCUGAAUGAAGCUGGACAAAAGAAGAAUCUGGCCGACCUGAUGGCCGAAUUAUCAACACCUGUGCGCAGAGCAGUUGGCUUUCGCACCCAUGGCAUCGUCCUGCCGGAGGAGACGCAGCUGCAAUGGAUGUCCGAGCAUAUGAGCUAUCCUGACAAUUUUCUGCAUUUAUCGGUUGACUAUGUGACCGAAUAACUCAGCGGGAGAGCGACAGAGAGAGAGAGAGAGAGAGAGAAAGAGAGAGAGCAAUUAGAAGUUGGAAUGAGUUGCCAGAGAGUGCGGCAAUCCAAUGCUUUAACCCAGGGCCGAUCUGUAGCGGAUCGAUUUACACACACUUACCAAUAACUAUAGACACUAAUUAAUUGUUAAGUUCAAUGUACAAUGUAUGAAAUAUUUAUGUACCAUAUACCUAUGCGAUAAUAUAUAUAGCUUGAUUUAGCAUUUAUACUAUGUACGGACACAUCUAAAGCAAAAUGGAUUUGCACUCUGUCAAUUCAUCGAUCAUACCAUUUCGUAAUGUUUAUUCCCGCAUUAUUCUCUUGCCGACCAACGGUUCGUGACGUUCUAUUUAUAAGUCCACUGUACGGGGUUCAUUCAAACGCGCUGGCCCAGGCCGGGCCCUAGGAACUGUACACAGCGUGGCGAAAAUCGUGCCAUAAACGCUUAUCAAUUUCAUAAGGAAAUUCAACAACAAGCCAAAGAGACGAA